CGCCGCCCUGUGCGAAGCGAGGGAGAGGUCACGAACUCUGACCCGCCGGAGGAGCCGAGAAACGGGGGGGAAAGACGCCGCUUUUAUCGCCCGUUUGAAAAAUAACGUUGCAGGCAUGCUGAAAAAUAAGUAAUUGGGAGAAAAAGUAGCAUUAAGACUUGUAUGAAAGCUUGAGAACGUUGUGAGGACAAGUAGGAGGUUCAUAUGCAUCGGGUGUCUAUGGCUGGAAGCCCACCAGUCUCCUUGGCUGAACAGGCUCAAGUAAAGCUCAUCACAGUCACUGAUGACUUAGUUCAGCAACUAGCUGAGCAUCAGAUGAGGAAAAGGCUUUCUGAAGUCAGGAGUUGAAUUCCUCGCUGCAGAAUACACAGCCUCUGAUCUGCUCUGCAAGCCACGGUAUUAAAGAUCCUGGUCUCCCACUCUCAAGGGAUAUUAUCCACUGUAGCUCCAGGAACUGUAAUAGGACGACCAAUAAUGACCAGCACCCCACAGAGGAUUCAGAUUGUUCCCACAGACUCUGGUGUCACAGUAGCACAGCGCAUUCAGAUUGUCACUGAUCAGCAGACGGGCCAAAAGAUUCAGAUAGUCACGUCGAUGGACCAUGGUGCAAGCAAGCAAUUCAUAUUAACAAAUUCAGAUGGCACACCAUCGAACAAAGUGAUAUUAGCCCGCCCUGAUUCAGGACAAGGAAAGGUCAUCUUGUCCACGCCUGACUCUGCUGGUCUCAACCAACUCAUCUUUACAUCUCCCGAUGGAUCAGCGCAGCACAUACAGAUUGUAACUGAUGCAUCUUCGGCUGAGCAAAGUGCAGUCAAGCCACCACUGGAGUUUUGUGUAGUUUGUGGUGACAGAGCAUCGGGACGUCAUUAUGGGGCAGUGAGCUGCGAAGGUUGUAAAGGCUUCUUCAAAAGAAGUAUAAGGAAGAACUUAGUGUAUGUGUGCAGAGGGUCGAAGGACUGUGUGAUUAACAAGCACCACAGGAACCGCUGCCAGUACUGUCGGUUGCAGAGAUGCCUGGUACUGGGCAUGAAGCAGGAUUCUGUGCAGUGUGAGCGGAAACCCAUCGAAGUUUCUCGAGAAAAGUCAGCAAAUUGCGCAGCGUCGACUGAAAAGAUUUACAUCCGGAAAGAUUUGCGUAGUCCUCUGGCUGCAACGCCAACGUUUGUAACGGACAAGGAAAGUGCAAGAUCUGGAGGUCUUUUAGAGCCUGGAAUGCUGGUAAAUAUCCAACAACCACUGAUGAAGACAGAGAGUGCUAUGCUACUCACAGCUGAGAACAAGAUUGAAACCUGUCAAGGUGAUUUAAGCACUCUCGCAAAUGUGGUCACAUCACUUGCAAACCUAAGCAAGUCCAAGGAUCUGUCCCAAAGCAGUGCCGAUUUGUCGGGGAUAGAUGCCCUAAGUAAUGGUGAUGCUUCUUUAUCAGAAAUGCAGCAGGAUGACCAGUCUGCGAGUGAUAUUACCAGGUGUUUCAGGGCGUUCGACACACUUGCAAAAGCACUGAAUCCCGCAGAGGGAUCAGCUGUCCAGAACUCAGCGGAGUGCAUGGAUACCUCGGGCACCAACAUCCAGCUCAUCAGUGGAGAGCAGUCCCUACCUAUCGUUGAGAUUGAGGGUCCCCUUCUCAGUGACGUGCAUGUUGCUUUCAAGCUAACAAUGCCGUCACCAAUGCCAGAGUACCUGAAUGUGCACUAUAUCUGCGAGUCUGCAUCAAGAUUAUUGUUCCUUUCCAUGCAUUGGGCAAGAUCUAUUCCAGCCUUCCAGGCUCUUGGGCCGGACAAUAAUACAGCUUUGGUACGCGCUUGUUGGAAUGAACUCUUUACACUUGGUCUUGCCCAGUGUUCCCAAGUGAUGAAUCUAUCGACCAUACUCACAGCAAUCGUAAACCACCUACAAACAAGUCUCCAGCAAGGUUGGCAGGGAGCUAAUCUUCAAACGGUUGAUUCAUAUAAAUUGUCGGCAGACCGAGUGAAAGUGGUGAUGGAACACAUCUGGAAGCUGCAGGAGUUCUGCAACAGCAUGGUCAAACUAACUCUGGAUGGAUACGAGUACGCCUACCUGAAAGCAAUCGUACUCUUUAGUCCAGACCACCCAGGCCUAAUUAAUGCUGCACAAAUUGAUAAGUUUCAAGAGAAGGCAUAUAUGGAACUCCAGGAUUAUGAAGCAAAAGCCUACCCAGAUGAUUCUUACAGGUUAUCAAGACUGCUGCUUAGAUUGCCUGCGCUACGACUCAUGAGUUCUGCCAUCACAGAAGAACUGUUCUUUGCCGGACUAAUAGGAAAUGUGCAGAUUGACAGUAUAAUACCUUACAUAUUGCGAAUGGAAACGGCAGAGUACAACAGUCAAAUCACAGGGUCUGCAGUGUGAUUUAACACCUAUGAACAAUCAAAGCAACCUGCUUGCAAGCUUCUUCGCCUUCUCUUCAACAAUGAGGGACAAUUGCAGGUUGUUCGUGUACAAAAAAAAAUCACGGGGUAGUCUUUAAAAAAGAAUGAAAGAAAACCGUUCAUGGGGAAUAGACUGUGAAUAUUUUUCAUUGAAGAAUUGUGCUUGAUAGCAGUUGUAAUAAAAAAAAAGUGACCAUGAAAGAGCCCUUCUUUUUUUUAAAUUGUUAGUUUCUGCAGUUUGCAGAAUGCGUGUACAGCUUGGGUUGAAAACGCCAUGAUCAUAUAUUUGUUUACCCCGAUUUUUCUUUUUUUUUAAAUUUUUAUAGGACUGUAUUUGACUAAACAGUCACUUGAGAACAAUGGGCUUGUUUAAUGUCUCGGUAGCAUAUUGAUAAGGCACCAAUGUUGCAUGUCUGAGACUGUUCCAGUAUAUAGCAUAACAUUUAGACGUAGAAUCAGACACCUUCUUGGGCAAGUAUUGGGCAACUGUGAAUAGCUGGCAAAUUGUCUUUUAUCAAAUGAUUGUGUCAUUGUAUCUGGUAGCUUAAUUUUAUUGAUAUCACACCUGUAUCCUUUUUAACGAAUAAGAACACAAGCAAAACCAGGAGAGAAGACAAAUUAUAUUUUGCUGCGUAACCAUUCAAACUAAUGUUAGAUUUAGUCGUCUGGUCCAAUAUAGAGUUAACUGAUAACAAUAAGUGCAUUGAAACGACUUGGCCUUCAAUGGACUGACAAACUGCCCCAACUAGUAUUCAUCCAAAGGAAACAGUCUCACUUCUAUACUAAACUCACGCACAGCAGUACUAAUUAAAAGGAAGCAAAUUUAACUCGAUUUGGAUGUUUUGUUAUAAAAAGCAGCUAUAAAAAAAACCUUACUGUAGCACUUUGAAAGCUGUCGAGAAAACGCCAAUGCAAAGAUUUAUCCCCCUUAACUAUUCUAGUUUCUUUCCCCGCCACCCCUUCCCACUUCGGAGUUUAUUUUUCAGCCACUUCCCUAUUUAAAGUACAUCAAUGCAUCGUAGAAUCUGUGAUUCAGAUCUGUAAUUAUUACAGAAUCUGUAACCCAGGAGGUGAAAACAAAAUGCACCCCAAUUUCCACAAAGAAAUACCAGUGGCACAUACCGUUAUCAAGAACAAUUGGAAAAUUGUUACUAUUUUUGCAUUUACUUUUUCCAGAAAAGAACCUCUUUUUGGUGAAAGCCCCAGCAGUCGGGCUGAUCACAAUUUUCUUUGUGCUAAAAUCUCCUGUAGUAUAGUAAUUGACUUCAAAUUUAUGUUCCAAUGAAAUGAAAAUGGUUGCUAGGUAUUUAGUCUGUACAGUUCCAGGUUUAGCCGGUUUUCGUGUUGCGCCAGUGUUUUCUGCUGCACUACAGUGGAAGCUUUACCUGCAUCAGAACGUUAUACGGAAUGUCAUUUGCAAAAUACAUGUUUUCUGUACGAAUUGUGGUUUACAAUAUUCAAUUUUAGAAUUUUAUAAAAUGUCCUGUUAAAAAACUUGGAACUCAAAGAAAUGCUAGUCUUGAGGAACUCGAGAUUACCUUGCCUGAUAUUUUGUUGGACUUCUUUUGCUAACUACUUUCCUUCCUCUAAGCCUUUUUUUCCCCAUUUGGCAAUCGAAACCUGCUGCACAUUUCCAUCAAGUCUGAAUCUGCAUUGCUUUUAUUUGAAGGUAGGGUGAGGGUUGUUUUUUUUUGGUUUGUGAAGUCAGAUGGGGCAGCAAUUGAAACAGUAUCAAAGAAGCUUCUGACAUUUGCUAGCUUUCUCACCAGCUUUUGCAGGAUAACGUAAGUUGACUAUUUUGUAUAAAAAAAAAGAAAAUAUAUAAUUUAAAAAUCAUAUUUGUGUCUGAUUCUUUAAGCCCACUCCCCUCUUCCCAUUCUACCCACUCUGUGCAGUUCGCAGUCAAGGCUCUUGUAUGUUUCAAAAACGUGUGUCUACUCUCGAGGCACAUCCAGAAGCCAGGUAGAAGAAUAUUAGGUCAAUGUAAUUGCUAGAUUCCACAAACAAUUAAUGUGUUCCUUACAUAAAAGCUUGACAGAGCAUUUGGCUGUGGGUGUAAAACUCUGGAGGAAACGUUGGUGAUUUUAUAUUGCACCUUUCGAUCCAUCCACAGCUAACCAACCGGCAGAAAGGCUGAACAAUUCCAUUACUUGACAAAACACCUCGAAUCGCAGGUAAUAGAGGGAACUUAGCACCGAAUAACUAGUUGUUGCCACGACAAUCAAAAAUUGGUUUCAUUCUCCUGUGCUAAAGGACAUGGAAUUGUGGCCUGUUGAAGCCGUGUAUAACAUUAGGGUCGCUUACUACAUAUUAUACACAAAAUGAGGUGCAGCUUAUAGAUAGUGUGCGCUCUGGUUUGAAGUGCUUUGCAUUCCAUAUCUGUAUAGCAUACACUAGUGAUAGCUCAGUGUCUAUACUGCCAGUAAUUCCCCUCAGAUAUUUCCUCCAGUGUGCUUUUUGUAUAAAUGCUCCUGUAAAUGUCUUGAAAUCAGACUACAAGUGUAAAUUCUAUUUUGGCUGUAUUUUUUUAAACAAAUUGUAACUGAUUUUAUUAGGAAAAAAAAUCUGUGAUGUUUUACUUGUUUGUAUAUAGCUACAUGUUAGGAUGACGGCAAUAAGAUUGAGUAUUAAACGGCAGCAAAAACUGAAUUGUGUGUAUUUGUGUAUGAUAAAAACCUAGUAAACUAAAA